CUUCAUUUUAACUUAGGAUUCAGGCAAAUAGAAUUCUGUUUUAAGUUACGUUUUGAAUCGAUAUCAUUUCCGAUUUCUUUACAACUCUGUCGACUGCUAACAAGACGACAGUAAACAAAAUGAUAACGUAACAUUAACUAAAUUAAGGUGAAGAAAUGACGAAGUCCGAUUUUGUGCUGGGAGGAGUGGCUGCGAUGGGGGCGGUAAUGUUCACCAAUCCCAUCGAUGUGGUCAAGACAAGGAUGCAGUUGCAGGGAGAGUUGGCGGCUCGAGGAACAUACGUGAAGCCCUAUCGGCAUCUUCCACAGGCGAUGGUGCAGAUCGUUCGCAAUGAUGGUAUCAUGGCAUUAGAGAAGGGUCUUGCCCCGGCGUUGUGUUACCAAUUUGUUCUCAACUCCAUGAGACUUAGUGUUUAUUCAAACGCAUUGGAGCUCGGAUAUUUGCAAAGCGCCGAUGGCUCUAUAUCCUUCUUCCGGGCCAUGAUCUUCGGAGCCUUGGGCGGCUGUUCAGGAACGUUCCUUGCUAGUCCUUUUUACAUGAUAAAGGCACAACAGCAUGCCCAGGCUGUGCAGUCAAUUGCCGUGGGAUUCCAGCACAAGCACACCUCGAUGAUAGAUGCCUUCCUGCACAUUUACCGAAACAAUGGCAUUACGGGAUUUUGGCGCGGUGCGGUUCCCAGCAUAAACCGAGCGCUAAUCGCCUCCAGUGUCCAGAUUGGCAGCUUCCCUAAAGCAAAGGCGCUGCUUAAGGAUAAUGGAUUGGUCACCCAUCCUGUUCUCCUCUCCUUUUGUGCCGGGUUGACAUCGGGAUCUUUUGUGUCUGUGGCCAACUCUCCUUUGGAUGUGGUCACCACUCGAAUGUACAAUCAGCCAGUGGACGAAAAGGGACGCGGCCUUGUAUACCGGGGAGUGGUGGACUGUUUUACCAAGAUCCUGAAAACAGAAGGUCUCCACGGGAUGUACAAGGGCUUUUGGCCCAUUUACCUUCGUAGUGCUCCUCACACAACCUUGACAUUCGUCUUUUUCGAAAAGUUGCUUUAUUUGCGCGAUAAAUACGUUAUUUCAGCUUAAAAAAACGGAAGUGUAUGUCAAUAUAUUUAUAUUGAUAUCAAUAUAUAUGUUUUAUAUAUUUAUAUUAAUAUCAAUAUAUUUGAGAACAAAAUUCAUUUAAUAAACAUGUACAUGUACAUGUAUAGACGUUAUAACAUUA